GCACGCUUUUGUGUGCGCCUCAGGACUGUAAGUUACAUGCGUGAACCACCUGCUUUGAUCAGUAAAGUGAGGGAAGAAUGAGCGGCGACGUGGAACGUGUGUUGAUCCAGCUCCAGGAUGAGAGCGGUGAGGUACUCGGAUCUCCCUUUGAUGUGCCACUGGACAUCAGCCCGGAUAAACUGCAGCUGGUCUGCAAUGCACUCUUACAGAAGGAGGAGCCUGUGCCAUUCCUGUUCUUUGUGAAGGAUUCAGAGGUGGUGUCCUCUUUGGGUACUUGUGUGCAGACUCUGGGGCUGGAGACGGAGCAGGUGCUUGCUGUGGUGUACCAGCCGCAGGCUGUGUUCCGUGUGCGGGCCGUAGCUCGAUGCACCAGCUCUUUAGAGGGCCACACAGAGGCGGUUAUCUCUGUAGCAUUCAGCCCGACGGGGAAAUAUCUGGCCAGUGGAUCUGGGGACACGACUGUGAGGUUCUGGGAUCUGAGUACAGAAACUCCACACCACACUGCUAGAGGCCACACACACUGGGUUUUAUCCAUUGCCUGGUCUCCAGAUGGCAAGAAGUUAGCAUCAGGGUGCAAAAACAGUCAGAUCUUCCUGUGGGAUCCAGUCACAGGAAGUCAGACAGGGAAGGCUUUGAUGGGACAUACAAAGUGGAUCACCUGGCUGUGCUGGGAACCUCUGCACAUGAACCCAGAGUGUCGGUAUUUGGCUAGCUCCUCUAAAGACGGCUCAGUUCGGAUAUGGGACACAGUUUUGGGUCGCUGUGACAAGAUCCUGACCGGCCACAUGCAGUCUGUGACGUGUGUGAAAUGGGGAGGAGAUGGACUCCUCUACACCUCAUCUCAGGACAGAACCAUUAAAGUCUGGAGAGCCAAAGAUGGAGUUCAGUGCCGUACUCUGCAAGGUCACGCUCACUGGGUCAACACAUUGGCCCUCAGCACCGACUAUGUUCUGCGCACUGGAGCAUUUGAGCCAGCGACUGCCACCAUAAAUCCUCAGGAUCUCAGUGGCUCUUUGGAAGAAAUUAAGGAGAAAGCUUUAAAGCGCUACAACAACAUCAGAGGUGAGAGUCAUGAGAGGCUGGUGUCAGGAUCAGACGACUUCACAAUGUUUUUAUGGAACCCAGCAGAGGAGAAGAAGCCAGUGGCCCGUUUGACGGGUCAUCAAGCGCUGGUCAACGAGGUGCUUUUCUCGCCGGACACAAGACUGAUAGCCAGCGCUUCAUUCGAUAAAUCAAUCAAGAUCUGGGAUGGAAAGACCGGAAAGUAUCUGACAUCAUUGCGCGGUCAUGUCGGGCCUGUGUACCAGGUGGCGUGGUCGGCAGACAGCCGUCUGCUGGUGAGUGGCAGCAGUGAUAGCACACUGAAGGUGUGGGACAUCAAGACAGGCAAACUGAACGUUGAUCUGCCAGGCCAUGCUGAUGAGGUUUUUGCAGUUGACUGGAGUCCUGAUGGGCAGAGAGUGGCCAGCGGUGGGAAGGACAAGUGUUUAAGAAUAUGGAGGAGGUAACAGCAGAAACCAGUAGCCCCUGGCUCUGCAUGCUACAGCCAAUCAGGUGUCUCAGUGCAACUGACGGCCCACACCACUGGACAAUGGACAGCUACGUCAGAGCAAGAAGCCUUAACCUCAUCGCUCAACGAAAUGGCUUGGACAGCUUCACAAUAGCUGAUAUAUAUAGAGCUUUCUGAUGUUGUCAGGGUAGUUGGAGAGAAUACAAUAAUAUGGCGACUUCCCUUUAUUUGUCUGAUGAAAUGUAGUGUCACUCACUCAAAUGAGCAAUUGCCUUGUAGAAUUUGCAGCCAAACUGACCCAGUCUAAUCUAUGUAAUCUUUUUUACACACACUCUCUUUGUAAUGAACUUAAUCCCUAAUGCUGUGAUACAGGCAGCGUUAACCGGGUCUGUUCCAGCACUGAGCGAUAACCAGCAUUGUCACAAUGGAUCGCACUGCAUCAGCAGAGACGUUUUCUCAUUAACCAAGCAGUAAAAGGAAUUUUAUGGGACCUGUGGUUUGUGUGUGGUUUUCUUAUCUUGAAUUAAGGACUGUAGAACAUCAAAGACUGUCGUUAUCACACAACACAUUUAGCCACAUGUUAUUCAGACAUCUGUGACGUUAAAGUUUAGAAUCUUAGAGCAGAAUUCAAAGGGUUCAGAUCAAAUUAUCAAUAGAAGCCUCACUCGUCAAGGUCAAAAGAACAGGAAAUCCACUCAAAAAAAGGUCACAUGGACAGAAAAUUUUACCUAUUUAGUUUACUGAAUUUGUGAAUUCAGCAAUCUGUUUGAGUGUUUUGAAGAAGCACAGGUUACAUAUCUGACACAAAACAAUAGCAUAACUAGCAUGAGUUGCUUUGGCAGAAUGGGUAACCUUUAGGAGACACUCAGGUUAACGACAAAGUUCAAUAUAAAAACAGUGCAACUAAAAGCAGCUUUCUGCUUAUAAAAAAAAAAAAAAAAAAUUACAAUUACAAAUAGCAAAAAGCAGCAAUGGUUCAGCUGUCCCCACUUUGGCAUGUUUCAGUGACUUCAGUAAUUGAGAUAGACAGAUGGCUUUAGAAGGCUUGAAUGGCCUGGAUUUGUAUGUGACAAUACCAGACAAUAUCAUUCAAGCAUGCAAGUUUUUUCAACACAAAUGUCUGGGCUUUAACCAGUUUUGUGUUGCAUGAAAACAGCUAGAUCCAUUUGAAUUUUUACAAAGCCACAAAAUACAUUUAAACCAUUUUCUGUACUAUUUUUAGUGUAACUAAAGCAUUAACUGUACAUGUAAACUGGGACAAAGGAAAAUGUGUAUUACCUGGAUAAUACUAAUGUGCAUAACAUUAGUUAAUGCAUUAGGUAUCAUGAACUAACAAUGAACAAUGUUGUUGCUUCACUUGUUAAUGUUCUUUUCUAAAUGUGCUAUUGUUUAUUGUUGGUUCAGAAUGCACUGACUUUUAAUGUAGAAAAUGUUUUUAGUAUGUAGAAAUUAACCACAUUAAUAAAUGCUGAAUUUUUCAUUCAUUAGUUCACCCAAACAUG